CCGGCCGCCCGCCCGGCCGCGCCACACCUGCAGCAUCCCGGACCUGCAGCCCUGGCGGCCGGGAGGCUCCGCGUCACCUGGAUGUCAGCAUGGCAGCCACCAACCUGGAGAACCAGCUGCACAGCGCACAGAAGAACCUGCUCUUCCUCCAGCGGGAACAUGCCAGCACACUCAAGGGGCUCCAUGCUGAGAUCCGGCGGCUGCAGCAGCACUGCACAGAUCUAACCUAUGAGCUGACACUCAAAAGUUUCGAAGUGACAGGAGACGGCUCUUCCAGAACAACGGAGCUGAAGAGGCGCUGUGAAGAGCUGGAGGCCCAGCUGAAGGCCAAGGAGGAAGAAAACCACAAGUUACUGCAAGAACUGGAGCAGAAGAACGCCGCCAUCGCUGUGCUGGAGAAUACCGUCCGUGAGAGAGAGAAGAAGUACCUGGAGGAGCUGAAGGUGAAGAGCCACAAGCUGAGCAUGCUGUCCGGCGAGUUAGAGCAGCGCGCCAGCACCGUGGCCUACCUCACCUCGCAGCUGCAUGCAGCCAAGAAAAAGCUCCUGAGCUCCAGCGGCACCUCUGACGCCAGCCCAGCCGGCGGCCCUGCACUGGCCAGCUACAAGCCCACACCCCCCAAGGACAAGCUGCCGGAGACACCCCGCCGCCGUAUGAAGAAGAGCCUGUCGGCCCCACUGCACCCUGAGUUUGAGGAGGUCUACAGGUUCGGAGCCGAGAGCCGCAAACUCCUUCUGCGGGAGCCGGUGGACGCGAUGCCGGAUCCCACCCCAUUCCUGCUGGCCCGGGAGUCUGCUGAGGUCCAGCUCAAGGAGCGGCCUCUGGUCAUACCUCCCAUCGCCUCAGACCGUGGCGCCAGCGGGCAACACAGCCCAGCCCGAGACAAGCCACACAAGACCCAUGUCGGGGUGGCUCACCGCAUCCAUCAUGCCAGUCCACCCCAGGCCCAGCCUGAGGGGGAGACGAGGGCUGUGGACCAAGUGAACACAGGGAAGGUGGUGAGGAAGCACUCAGGGACGGACCGAACUGUGUGAAGCCUGCGGCCAGCCCCGCAGCCAUCCACGCACUGUGAGCGCCGCCGCCGCCGCCGCCGGCACAGGGAACCUCGCCCACACCUUCCUCGCCCCGCCCAUGCCAAACGUUUCCUCCCGUCAUCGCCGCAGCCUGGCUCCUGGCCCAUAGUGACACAUGCUAUGAUGGUGUCCCCACUGAAGAUAUUUACUGGCACUGUGGCCAAUGCCUGCAUGCCAAUAGCUUGCUUCCAGCCCCUCGCCAUGAGAUCUCGGCACAGUCCUAGACAAGGCCCAGGCCACGGCUGCAUCACAUGCCACACUCAGAAUCCGAAGCGCUUGAAGUCAGAGCAAACUGAGGUCUCGCCUCUCCCAAGAUCCAGGGCAGCCUAGCAGAGCAGCAGCCUCUGCCCCCACGGGGAGACUCCUGCCUUCCCACGGUCCCUUUGCCCAGCAGCUGUAUGUCACAUGAUGACCUAAGCAAGAUGACCUCACCCCUCAUGUCACCCCAACCUGAAGGUGUGUUCAUAAGUUUUUGUUAGUUUCAUCCAAAUGUUCAGGAUCCAACAAAUGUUAUUUUCUAAACCCACCCUCCUUCUCCUCUGUCUUUUUGAAGCACCGAGGGACUGGAGGAAGUGGGAGGGAGGACUGGCAGGUGGGCUGGGGAUGCUCGCUGCACAGAGCUGUCGCUGCGAUGUUGGGACUCCUGCCUUUCCGGGCAGAAGCUGCGUUCUGUCCUGCCCAGGCUCCGCACUGCCUCCCUGUCCCCAGCUGGCCAGGCCAGCCUCACAGUAUGAGAGAGACAGCCAGUAGCCAUUUGUCCCCAAGCCACACAAAGGCCCUGGGAGGGGGAGUCUGGAGCUUGGGCAGGACUGAACACAUGCCCCAGCAGCCUCAGCCUUCCCUGCGCUUGCCAGCAAAGGGCAGGUGCCGGAGCCGAGACGGGUAGAACCCACACCAGUGGCUCAAUAGGAAGGAAGAGAAUGCACUUGCCUUAAAACCUGCACUGGUGCGUGCUGUAUCCAGAGUUCUCGAGAAGAUGGAGAAGCAAAGCCAAGGCUAGAAUCGCUGCUGCCGAUUGAUUAUAGCACCCACAUGGCGGCUCACAAUUGGCUGUACCUCCAGGGACCCCAACACCUCACAUGUGGUGCACGUGUAUUCAGGCAGGCUCACACACAUACACAGAAAUAAAAUCUUAAAAAACAACAAACAAAAA